AUGGAUGCACUCGAUGCGAAGGCUCUGUCGAUCCCCCAUAUUGUGCUCGCUUCCAAGGAUGAGCCUGCAGAUGCGGUUGCGGCAUACACUGACCACCUGGCUCAGAAUGGAAGAGAAGGCCUCGUAGAAACAUACUCCACCAUGUGGCAUGGAUGGAUGGGUGCGCGAGCUAAUUUGGAGAAAGAGGAUAGCCGAGCUGAGUAUACUCGCGGGUUUCGUCAAUUGAAUUGCACCCAGUGGUCUGCUUCUGCUCAGCCAAGCGCGACCCCUGGAGAUUUGCUCACUGAUCAUCUUGGUGUCGAUUAG